AUGAGCCAGUCACAGGUCUCCAAGAAGCGAAAGUUUGUGGCAGAUGGUGUUUUCAACGCCGAGUUGAAUGAGUUCCUGGCACGCACACUGGGUGAAGACGGAUAUGCGGGUGUGGAAGUGCGUGUCACUCCUAUCCGCACUGAGAUCAUCAUUCGGGCCACCAGGACUCGUGAGGUCUUGGGAGAGAAGGGACGCCGAAUUCGUGAACUCACAGCACUGGUGCAGAAACGUUUUGGCUUUCCCGAGAACAGCGUGGAACUGUUCGCAGAGAGAGUGGAGAACCGCGCUAGCUGCGCCAUGGCAACUCAGCAAAACAACAGAAAUAGAUACGAUAUACAGUAA